CCCCCUCUCUGUGUCUCCUUUUCUGUCUCCCCAGUCCCCAUCUCUGUCGUCUCUCUCUUUCUCUCCCCAGUCCCCCCCUCUGUCUCUCCU